AUGGACGAGCGGCUCCACAAGUGGCUCCUGCCGCCGCUGCUGACGCUGCUCUUCGUGCUCAUCAUGUACCAGUACGUGUCCCCGUCCUGCCCCGGCGCCGCCUGCCCGCGCCGCCCGCCCGCCGCGCACCGCGGGGCCCCGGCCCGGGCCGCCCAGCAGCCACAGGAGGAGGGGGCGGCGGCGCUGCCGCGGCUGGUGCCCAAGUUCCCGUUCGCGCGGGCUGAGCUGUGCCGCCGGGUGCAGUUCGACAUGCGGGGCCGCGACGUGAUCGUCUUCCUGCACAUCCAGAAAACUGGCGGCACCACCUUCGGGCGGCACCUGGUGCGGAACAUCCGCCUGGAGCAGCCCUGCUACUGCCGCGCCGGCCAGAAGAAAUGCACCUGCCACCGGCCCGGGGGGGACAAGGACACCUGGCUCUUCUCCCGCUUCUCCACCGGCUGGAGCUGCGGGCUGCACGCCGACUGGACCGAGCUCACCAGCUGCGUGCCCGCCGCCAUGGACAAGAAGCACACUAGCCAAAAACUCAAAAGGAACUUCUAUUACAUCACAAUGCUGAGGGAUCCAGUGUCACGGUAUUUGAGUGAAUGGAAACACGUCCAGAGAGGAGCAACAUGGAAAACUUCCCUCCACAUGUGUGAUGGAAGAAGUCCAACGCCAGAUGAGCUGCCUACCUGUUACCUGGGGGAUGACUGGUCUGGAGUCAGCUUGCAAGAGUUCAUGCAUUGUGGUUACAACCUGGCUAACAACCGCCAGGUUCGCAUGCUGGCAGACCUAAGCCUGGUUGGAUGUUACAACUUGACUUUUAUGAAUGAAAGUGAGAGAAAUAUGAUCCUUCUCCAAAGCGCCAAGAACAACCUGAAAAACAUGGCCUUUUUUGGACUCACAGAGUUUCAGAGGAAAACACAGUAUCUCUUUGAGAGGACAUUCAACCUUAAGUUCAUUUCCCCAUUCACCCAGUUCAAUAUUACCCGGGCCUCUAAUGUGGAUAUUGAUGAAGGGUCCCGGAAGCGCAUAGAGGUGUUGAACUUUCUGGACAUGCAGCUUUAUGAAUAUGCUAAAGACCUCUUUCUCCAACGCUUUCAGUACUCCAAGCAAGAGGAGCACCAGAAGAACCGGCAAAAACGGCGGGAGGAGCGGAAGCUACUCCGGGAGCAAAGGGCGCACCAGUGGCAGAAGGAAGAAUCAGCAGCAGAAAUAGCUGUUACUGAAGAUUAUAACAGUCAAGUGGAGCGAUGGUGACGCUUUUCAUUCUUAGACAAAUAAAAGAAAAGAGAAUUGAAAACCCUGAUAAUUUCUUGAACUUGGUUACUCAGAGAUUACACAAGGAAUGAGUAGUGUUGCCUUGGUAGAUGAGACUGAGUCUCACAGCUGCCCUUCUUUGUCUUAGUUUUUCUUAGUUUCUAUCAGCUAGGAGAAUAUAUAUAUAUUUUUGUGUUUCUCAAUGCUCCUUAUAUCAGUGUUAUUAACUGGCAGUGGAAUAGAUUCUUAUCAAAUACUAACUUCUUUCAAAGGCCUAAGCGAUGAGAGUGGCUGGAAAAGAUAGCUCUUUUUUUUCCAUUAACUGAUGUACUCUGUACAGUUUGAGCAGCUGAAACUUGUGAUGAUAUGAAUCAAAAAUCAGAGAACCACUGAGCUGCUGACACUGGUGUAUUUCAGACUGUCCUGCGUAGCUGUGUUCUGUAUUGAAUGCAACAGAGAAAACCAUGUUGCCCUUCAGAUGUUUACAUGUAGUGUUUUAAGUAAGAAAAAGAAAAUACUGAAUGUGAUUAAAUUACAUUUAGGACUAGGUGACACAUGGGGCUGAAACUAUUCUUUUAUUUCUGAAAGCCUGCAGUCAUGGGCGGUUUAUAAGUGAAAUGAGUUAGAAGGUCUUAACCUAAUCCCUAGCAGAUUUGGCUGUGCAUCACCAAAACCUGCUAGUAAGCAGGCUCCAUUCUGAGAGAGCCUGGCAAAUGAAUGGCAUAAGUACUACUGCUGAGAAAUGAGAUCCAUUCUGGGGAAGCUCACACAGGCCUGUUCACCCUAUCUGGAUGGAGGUAACAAUAUCAGCUUUGACUUUUGUGAAAGGUGAAAUCCACAAAGGGCGUGGAAUAAGAAAGGCAAGAAAAAGAGUGGAAAAAGCUGAAGUAUUAGUCGGACACUUUCCAAAUUUGUUAUAAGGGCUCUGGUCAUAAAGGUACACUGAAUCUUGAGAGGUGUAUGUGUUUGUUAUGAGCCUUGGUGGGAAGAGAGCUCUGAGCUGAAUGGGGUGGGCCCAUGCUGUGCUGAGUUUUGGCAAG